GCUCUGUGGGUUAGCUACAUAGAUGCUAAGGAAAUGGCAUUGUUUAGAGAGGUGGAAACUGAAGCUGGAGCGACAAACCUCAGCAGCAGCAUUAGCCUCAUGUAAACAUGUGAUAACCCCCCGAGAGGCAGCCAUGUGUGACUAGACUAGAAGCUGACAGGUGAAGCAUGGAUUUCCUCAGUCUGUUCGCUGUCUACGUGCUGCUGGUGCUCACGUGCAUUGUGCUGUUGUGUAAAUACUCAGGUCAACAGCAAACUCCGUUUCACUUAUUCUUCAACUCAGUUGUGAAGGUCGUCGCACCCAUUACACCCAAAUGGCUCCAGACGUUUUCACAGCGGACCUUACACAGGCUGUUUCAUCAAAGGAGCAACAUGUUCAUCUAUCUGCAUUUCCUCCUGGAGUUCGCUGUGUAUGCAGAGUUCACCUAUGAGGUGCUUGGCUUCUGCAGGGAGAUGGACACCACUCUGACCAGCCUGUCAGUGCCUUACAUCCUACUGGCCGUCAAGACCUUCUUCUUUUACCUCUGCAUCAAGAGAGAUCCAGGCACAGUUACAAAGAAGAAACUCGCUGGUCAGCAGCACAUCUAUCCAUAUGACCAGAGAUUAUUCCACCCGGGGGUCUCCUGUCCGACCUGCCAGCUCAUCAAACCGGCUCGCUCCAAACACUGCAGGGUGUGCGACAGGUGUGUGCAGCGUUUCGACCACCACUGUGUCUGGGUGAACAACUGCAUUGGUGCCCUGAACACACGGUACUUCCUGCUCUACCUCUUCAGCGUUUGUGCCAUGGCAGGAGACAUCGCUGUACUAACAGCAGACAUGCUGCUUCAUGCCGUUUUGCGCUCAGGACUUCUGAGGGCCAGUUAUAUAGAUGAAUACGGCGAGCAGCAGACAGCUGGGCCUCUGUUUGUCGUACAGCAUCUGUUCCUGACCUUUCCCAGAAUCGUCUUCAUGUUGGGCUUUCUGGUCUUUGUCUUCUUCCUGCUGGCGAGUUACGCCCUGUUCCAUUCCUAUUUGGCUCUUGUCAACCAAACCUCCAACGAGUGGUACAAAAGUCGAGGUUACGUUUGUCAGCACUGUCACCCGACGUCAGCAGCGGACCACCUCUGUGGGCCAGCGCCAGAUCACUCGAAAAGAUACUUCUACAGCCGAGGGCUUCUCAGAAACCUGGGGGAGAUUUUCUACCCACUGCAACCUGUUCGGAAAAAAGACAACUGAAAACAGACACUGCCCCCUGUGUUGUUAUGCUGCAUUUAAUGUACGUCCUUUUGGCAUUUACUGUCUGACUGUUGAAAUAAAGUUUACAUUUGUGGUAUAUAUAUGA